UGAAAAGACCUAAAUUACAGGGCUCUUACUUCAUCAGAACAUCCCGAAACCCCGAAAGCCAGCAACAUGGUUGAGUGGACCGAUUUCGAGCGCGCUACCAUCCAGGACAUCUUUUCCAAGAUCGAUUAUGCUUCAGUCGGUCACCAGGCACUGUCAAGGUGUCUGGUCGUGUACCCAUGGACCCAGAGGUAUUUCGGUAACUUUGGAAACUUGUACAACGCCGCUGCCAUCUUGGGAAAUCCCAAUGUUGCUGCCCACGGUUUGACUGUAAUGCGUGGUCUGGAGAAAGCUGUGAAGAACAUGGACAACAUUAAGAGCACUUAUACCGAGUUGAGUGUGCUGCACUCCGAAAAACUGCGCGUGGAUCCCGAUAACUUCAGGCUGUUGGCUGACUGCAUUACCAUUGUAACUGCCUCUACCCUGGGUGCUAGCUUCACAGCUGAAGUGCAGGCAGCUCUGCAGAAGUUCCUGGCUGUCGUAGUCUCCGCACUCGGAAAACAGUACCAGUAAAUGCUGAAUGUGCUUUAACGAAGGACAAACAAACGUUUUCAGUUUUAAAAACGACCCUGCACUUGUGAAAGCAAAUACAUGUCUAAAUAAAAUAACCAAUACUAA